CACUGUCCCGCCUCUGGAGUUAAGGAGUGUCGCAACAGUUCUGGUGGGGGGGAGUAAAUUGCCCCCAUUCGUUCAGAAAGGUGUUGGAUAUAUCACGGCAUGCGGGUCAUCCGUACCGAUGCCAGCAGCGGGGGCGCUCCCAGCUCUUCUGCUCCACCGCCCGUUUCCUACGGGCCGGACACCGGACUAUUCGACAGAGGCUACGCGGGCUCUUGCUCUGCCAUGCUGAAAGUGGCCCAAAUGUUAUUGUUGCUGAUUGGAUUCAUUUGUAUAAGAUCUUCACAGUGGACAGAUCACAGUGCAUACAGCUACUUUGAAAUUGUCUGCAUAUGUGACUUAAUUAUGAUCUUCAUCUUUUACAUUAUCUACAUCUUUAGAGCCUAUCGAAAGUUGACUUGCAUUAGCUGGCCUCUUGCGGAGUUUCUCCAUUACCUAAUAGGUACUAUUCUGCUUCUUAUUGCAUCCAUUGUGGCAGUUGCCAAAAGCUCCAAUUCAGCAGGCCUGGUAGCUGGAGCGGUCUUCGGAUUCUUAGCUACAUUUAUGUGCUUCCUAAGUAUAUGGCUCUCUUACAAAGUCUCUUGUAACACUCAGUCAGCAG